UAGGUGGAGAGUGAAGAUGAAGGUGUCCCUGGCUUUGGGCCCAGGAAGGGGGUGAGAGAAUGAAGUACUCGGGGAUUCCCGGACGCUGGCUGUGAAAUUUGAGGCAACUUUUCUUUUGCUUUCCUGUCAACCCUAGCUGUAGGGUUUAGGGCUGGCCCCUGGCUCAAGGAACAGCAUUUCCUUCGAAUUCUUCAUGGUGAGACCUUAGGAGUAGGCGUUUCAUUUUUAUCCUGCCUCUGGGAGACCUUGAGGCCCUUUGACCUUUGACAUGUGUGCAGCUUCAGCUUCUCCAGAUAAUCAGCUUUUUCAUACAAAAUAUGGAAUCAGAAGCACCAAACAUAAACCAGUAGACUAUCAACAAUUACUUGCAUUAAAAGAAGCAAAAUUAUCUUCUCUCUCCACAGAACUAAAGAUCAGAAAAACAGUGCAGACAUCAAAAAUAUCCAAGGAACAAAUGCUAAUAAAACAACACAAACAAGUAUGGUGGCAGGAAUACCAAAGAUUAAAGGCAAUCAGGUGUAAACUGGAACUUGAAAUCAAAUCCUUUCUCAAUGAAGAGAAUAUUGGAAAUGAAUGUCUUUCUGAUCUUCUGAACUUUGAACAAGAGUUAUCAGAACAAUGGCACAUCUAUCUUGAAAAUGUGAUAAAUCCUAUUGAGCAAUUGAGAGAAGACCUAAAAUAUAGACAGCAUCACACUGUAGAGGAUUCACACGCACACAGUGAGUUUAACUCAGUGGCAAUACUGAAAGAGGUUGACUCUGUGAAGGAGCAAUUGCGAGCUGUUUUUGAAAAACUUAGCCUAAAACAACAGAAAAUAGAGAGUGAUCUUUCUGACUGGAGUAUGAAAAUAUUGGAUCAGUCUUCAGAAGAAAGAAGUAAUCUGCUCAGCGAACUGCCCCUCGAAUUAGAAAGUUUGGAAUGCCCAUACCCUGAUCUAAAAUCUUCAAUCCUUAAUGAGUUCUGUAACUUUACAGAGAAAUAUCAAAAAAGACUUCAAGAUUUUGAUCUGCAGUUAGAAGACAUAUGCAGAAGCUUCCAGUUAAGUGAAGAAGACCACUGGAUCUUCCAGGUGAUUUUGAAUCAAUAUCCUGGGGAUCUCUGUGGCAGGAGGACCCUAUAUCUGGACAUGUUGCAAAGAUAUUUUCCUCACAAAUCCAGGCAUGAUUUGGUUGAACAUGAGAAACAUUGUGACAGAUACCGCUUUGCAAGGGAACAGAGAAGAAUCCUGAUUUUCAAUUGGAACAAGAACAGGAGAGACUUUGUCCAGAAGGCUGUGCUGACACUUGCAGAGGCUUGUGCGACUCAUGAAAUGGAGAGCACAUUAGCCAAGGACAGAAAAAGGCAACAGGAACUCUGUGCUGAUCUGAAAGCCAAGGUUUUCCAGUGGAGAGCCCACCAGGAAGAAGUAGCAAGACUAGAAAUGGAAAUUUCUACCAGAAGAAGAGAGAAGCAAGAAGAAAAAGAGAAAAUGUGGAAAAAGAAGGAAUUGUUACAAAGAGAAGAAAAGAAGGAAAAGAUAAGAAAAUACUGGGCCAAAAAAGAACAGAAGUGGCAAGAAAUAGAAAUGAGAGAUCUUCGGCGUCUGGAAGAACUGAAGAAAUUAAUGGCUGAGCAGUCUAUAAAAGACAGAGAACGGGUUAAAUAUAGACAAGAGCUUUUGGAAAAACGUUUGAUGGAGAAAAAAGAGGUGGCUCUUCAAGAAGCACACGAAGAAGAGGAGAGAGAGAGGCGGUUAGAAGCUCUAAGAAAACAGGUGGCUAUUGUUGCUCAAUUUGAUCCUAUUAGAAUGAUGUCAGAUACAAUGGCAUCAAAAGCGAGGAUGGGUAUUGGAAUUGAGGAAGAAUUUAUUCUUCAAAAGCCACUCUUCUCACUGAAUACAUACAAUGAACAGCAGAUAAUUUCUGACCCUAGACUUCGUUUUGAAUUGGCACUUAGAGAAGCUGGACUUCACAAAACAUCAUAUGCCAAAGAGACACUACCAAAAAUAAGUCCUCAAAAACCUCCAAGAAAGGACAUGGAAUCUACUGUAUUUAAAAUCUAGAGCUCAUUCUGAAAUUCUAGUAUAUGUUAAUAAAGGUUUUUUUUAUUAAUAUGUCUAUAUAGAUAACAACAAUUACUACUUUCUAAAUGAGUUUAAAAUCUCAGCUAGAGAAAUCAUAGCAAGUAUUAAAAUAAUUUUGCUUCAUUUUUGAUUCUUAUGUCUAAUGUUCAAGUUACUAAAUUAAAGAAGACUAUGGAAAUUAAUUGACGGAUAUAGUACAUUUAAAAAGUUAUAUUUUGGAGGUUGUGUUAUUUCAUGAAAAGAACAGAAAGAUAACCAGUUGUGUGGUUUAUAAUUUAUAUUGCUGGUACCUGCUAAUGUUAAUUUCUGCUUAUUAUUUCAGAAUUUGACUUUUUAAUUAUGGAAUUUUCAUUAUCAUUAAUACUUCUAUUAUUUCCUGAUUACUAUAAGAAGAGACUCAACCUUUUCCUAAAUUUAGAAACCAAUUUGAUACACCAUGUUUACUGCAAACCAAUCAUCCAAACAAUUUCAUUUUGCAAAUUAGCUUGUAAAGAAUAAAUUAGAAAU